CACCUUCUUACCUGGAUGAACGCACUCUCUCGACGGGAGGAGGAUACCCUCCUCAAAUCGACAAAGGCUCGGGCACUGAAGGAGUGUGAUCCUGUUGUGAAAGCUUUUGCAGAGUGUUCUUCAGGUCGCACAUUGUCCGUCGCGUGGGCAUGUCGGGACAAAUAUAAACUUGUCCAGGAGUGCAUGCUUCAGUACACAGGGCCAGAGCACAUGGCUAUCGUACGUGAAGAAUAUCUUCGCCUCCGUGACCAGCAAGCGGUGCAGAAGGAGAGUUCGUGACAACGCUGUCCUUACACGCGGCUCUGGUCGAAGACACUUUAUCACGCCAAUACACAAUCAUGCAAACCUGAAGCAUACUGUAUUGAAGUAAAUUGGACAUGGCAAGUAUAAUAGUGAUAAAAUAGACAUGUGACAAUACGCCAACUAUUUCUUCGCUCCGGUGACCUUGAACCAUUGCUGACGCAGUGCCAGCAGGGACGUAAUGAGACUGCCCAAUGAUGCUCAGUUUGGUCUGUAGCAAGAAAACGAUAAAUGGAACAUACCCGAAGAUGCCAAGGAUGCCAUCGUUGAAGUGGACGAGUCCAACGUUCGUCGCCGGGAUCCAGACAUCGAGGAUGUCGAUAAUAAACUGGUGUCUUGUGCUUGCUCGCUGACUGCACCAUGGCAAAUAUUCAGCUCUGAAAGUCUC